CCGCCGCAGAGAGAAGUGUCAGGUUUCCUCUCAGUUAGCUUUAGUGAGCUAAGCUAUUCCUCCAUCAUUAUUACGAGGAGGGAGUUUACGACAAACGAGCCGGCCUUGGUUCAGGUCAGGGGGCCUCUGCGGAACAGCGAAACGCUGUUUGAACGCGGAUAGAGUUUCUCGGUCGUCGCUGUGACGUGUGAACUUUGUGGAGAACUUUAUUGUAGUUAGAUUGAGGCGGGUGUCAUGGCAGAGGGAGCCGACUGCGGUCCAGUCACCGCCGCUAAGAGGAAACAACCAGCGGCGAGAAGGAGCCGACAGAGUCAGCUGAAGAAGAGCUCCAGCAGUCGGGUGACACUGGAGAAGGUUCUGGGCAUCAGCACAGCCAGCAGCAGUGGGUUGACCUCUGACCCCAACUCUGGGCUCAUCGCUUAUCCUGCAGGGUGUGUCAUUGUGUUGCUUCACCCUAAGACCAACAAACAGACUCACAUCAUCAACACAUCCAGAAAACCGUUCAGUGCUCUUGCCUUCUCUCAUGAUGGGAAAUAUCUGGUCACUGGUGAGAGUGGCCAUGUGCCCUGUGUGCGGGUGUGGGAGGUGGGCGGAGCUCAGGUGGCCGAAGUUCAGUCUCAUAAAUAUGGAGUUUCCUGUGUGGGAUUCUCCACCAACAGCUGCUACAUUGUUUCUGUUGGAUAUCAACACGACAUGACUGUUAGCGUGUGGGACUGGAGGAAAGGUUCCAUCAUUGCCUCCAACAAAGUGUCGAGCCGAGUCUUCGCCGUCUCCGUCUCUCAGGAUAACAGCUACUUCGUCACUGCGGGAAACAGACACGUCAAGUUCUGGUAUCUGGAUGCCUCUAAAGAGCGAAGGGUGAACAGCACAGUGCCUCUGAUUGGUCGCUCUGGGUUGCUAGGCGAACAUAAGAACAGCAUCUUCAGUGGGGUGGCAUGUGGGCGUGGCCUAAUGGCAUCCAGCACCUACUGCAUCACCAGCUCUGGCUUGCUGUGUUUGUUCAACAGCAGUCGACACCUGGAGGCUUGGGUUGACCUCAAGACGUCAUCUGCGAGCUGUCUGGCAGUCAGCGAGGACUUUAUCUUCUGUGGUUGUGCUGAUGGUGUGAUCCGGGUGUUCAGUCCGUCUAACCUGCAGUACAUCACCACGCUGCAGAGACCACACCGGCUCGGCGUUGACAUUGCUCAGAGCGUACACCAUGGCAGCCUCUUGCCUGCCAGUCCAGGUGCUCACUACCCCGACAUGCUGGCUCUGACCUUUGACCCUGCAGCUAAACACCUGACCUGUGUGUACAAUGACCACAGUGUGUAUGUGUGGGACGUUAAGGAUGUGAGGAAUGUGGAGAAGUUGUACUCAGCCCUGUACCACAGCAGCUGUGUUUGGAGUAUUGAGGUGUAUCCACAGGUGUCCGACAUGUCUCAGGCCUGUCUGCCUCCCUCCUCCUUCCUCACCUGCUCGGCUGACAACACCAUCAGACUGUGGCACACCGACAGUCAUGGAGCUGCCGCUGCUGCACACAGGAACCUGUACAGCAAUGACCUGUUGAAGAUUCUUUAUGUGGAUGAGAACACGCAGCACCUGCAGGCAGAGGGGGAGAGGGGGGAGGCAGCAGUGGCUGAUGGGAAGUCUGGGAUCAGGGUGUUGGGGAUCAGUCCUGAUGGACAGCACCUGGCUGCUGGAGACCGUUGUGGAAAUCUGCGGAUUUUUGGUCUUCAGUUUCUUGAUGAGUUGGUGAAGAUCGAGGCUCAUGACUCAGAGGUGUUAUGUCUGGAGUUCUCACCCUUGUCCACAGGUGUGAAGUUGUUGGCAUCAGCUAGCCGAGAUCGACUGAUUCACAUCUUCAACCUGGAAAAUAACUACAGUCUGGAACAGACUCUGAAUGACCACUCUGCCUCCAUCACUGCUGUCAAGUUCACAGGUGAGAGUCCUGAGGUACGAAUGGUGAGCUGCGGAGCAGACAAAAGCAUCUACUUUCAGACAGCCGAGCAGCAGGUGGUGGAGGGUCUGUCAUUCUGUAGGAGUCACCAUGUGGUGGAGAAGACAGCGCUGUAUGACAUGGACCUGGAUUCAUCAAUGAAGCACGUUGCCAUUGCCUGUCAGGACAGAAAUGUCAGAGUGUACAAUGUAGAAACAGGGAAGCUGAAGAAGUGUUUGAAAGGCUCCUCCAGUGAUGAAGGAGGUCUACUGAAGAUUCAGAUCGACCCGUCAGGGAGUUUCUUCGCCACCAGCUGCUCAGAUAAAAACAUUGCUAUCUUUGACUAUGAGUCAGGAGAAUGUGUUGCCACUCUGUUUGGGCAUGCAGACAUCGUCACCUGUAUGAGGUUCAGUCAGGACUGCAGACACCUCAUCACCGUCUCAGGAGACAGUUGUGUAUUUGUAUGGAGGUUGGACUCUCAGAUGACCACCACCAUGCGGACGAGACUGGGCCUCAGACCGAAGGCUGCACCUAAAACCUGCAGUCGCCAACCGCUGAACAUCAGGAGGGAGACCUUCAUUACUGUUCCCUCCUCUCAGCUGCUGCAGAGUGAGGAAAUUAAGGAGGAGGAAGAGGCAGAGAUUGGGACGCCAGGGAGACUGGAGUCUGAUUAUGAUGCUCAGCUGCUUCAGACCAACGGUAAACUUCCCAUGUGGUUCAGAAAAUUGCAGGGUCAAGAUGAAUCCACCUCUGGCACCCAAUUGAAUUCUGAGCCUCGUCAGGUACGUAGUCGGUGGUCAGAGCAGCUCAACCCACUGACCAUCCGCUCCAACUGCUCCCCGAGUCCCACUAAGAGUCAGGAGGAGGAGCAGGAGCAGAGAAAAGAAGAAGAAGAAAAGAAGAAGGAAGAAGAAGAGGAGGAGGAAGAAGAAGACUUCCACCCUCAGAGUCUGGAGUGUUUGCUGGAAGAGGAUUUAGAUGAGGAUGAUGGAGAGGAGGAGGUGUUACAGGCCACAGGUGAGGAGCGCAGCAGCUUUGUCCUCUACCCAGACAGCAGCAGUGCUGCCAACAGGGAGUUAAACGUCAAAGCCACAACUGUCCCACAGUGCUCUCUGACCCAACUGGAGGUCGGAGGUCAGGUGGUGGAGCCGGUGUGGAGCACUCAGCUUAGUCCAGACUCUGCCUGCUCUGAGGGGUCAGCAGGAAGUCUGGAUCAGCAGCAUGACGCAGACACAGACUCUUUGAGUCAGGGCAGCUCUGCGGGCAGUCUGGGUCUUGAGGACGACGAUGACAGAAAUGGUCUAAAGAACCAUUUCGACACCCUGGCCUUCAGUCUGUGUGAAGAGAAGUUCGACACUGACAUUAAGACCCUGCAGCCUCCAGAGGAAAAACACUUCCUAAACCCUCGACUCAGCAUCUCUGCCCGCUUCCUGUCCCGCUUUCAGGACAGACUGAGGGUGUGGCCAGGUCGAGCUCCACCUACCGUCUCCAUCCCCACCAGCAUUUCAGAGGAGAACGUGGAGAGUAGUUUGGUGAACGUGGUGUCGAGGAAUCAUGGCGUAACGACAGAAUCGACUGAGAAAGAAACCAGUGGUGUGAGAUGCAGCCAGUCUGCCCUUCGUAGAAGAGCGUCCUGCAUAAUAUCCCAGCAACCCGUUCGCCGCCCAACACGCAGACGGCGACACACUACUGUGCUCGUCCAGUGCAGAGAAACAGUUGGAGAUGUUAGCUCCAGGAGCAGUGUGGUGUCUGCUGUCCAGCUGGGGGCGCCACAUGUGGGAUAUUUGGGAACCACAGCCAGCUUCAGAGCUAAAGCAAGCCAGGACCCACACCCCUCCACCACCCAGGAGCAGGAGGAUGUGUCAGGUCCUCAGGCUGGUCCUGACCAAAUCCCCACUCCUGAAGAACAGAACAAAAGUGUCACGCUGGUGACCCAGAAGUCUCCGUCUUGUGCACCUGUGGCCAGUCCUCAAGUGUUGGUCACGCCCACUGAGGUGAUGUCCCAGGAAGGUGGUGGCAGGUGGAGCGCCAGCAGCAACGAGGAGACACCAACAAAUCAAAACCAAAAGUUCAGCAUGAACCCUGAACCUUCCAUCGUGUCCACAGCCAUGCCCACCAUCUGCGACACGUUAACCUCUGACUGUGACAUCACUUCCUGCUCCGCCUUCAGACAGGGCUACGGUACAGAGUCAAUUGAGACCUCAGGAGCUGAUAUGUCCUCCUGUGCCUCAUUUCCACUACCAGAAAGACUUCACUCCCCACAGACAGGACAAGGUGAUGCAGACAAGUCUCUCAGUGUGCAGCAGUGUCAGCAGGUCGCCAACGAGCUGAGACAGGCGGCGAGACGAGCCGUACGCCUUCAUCAGCAGCUCGCUGCGGCGCCCACCAUUUUGGAGCGGCGUCUGCAGAUGUCGUCCAUCCUGCAGGAGGCACUUGAUUUUGUUCACUCCGAGCUACAGGUGGUCCAGCAGGGAGAGGGGCGGGGUAACAGCAGCAGCCCCUCAGGUCCUCUGGAGGACAGUGGGACAAUGUCCCUGCUGGAGAAAUACUCGGAGCUGCUGGUUCAGAUGACACGAAACAAACUGAACCAGAUCUGAUCCAGAACUCUCCGGAGGACAAAGGUGGACAUAUAAAUUCUCUUUUAAUGUCUACUCAUUCAGUUCAACAUCAGUAUUAAACUAAUGCACCUUAAGUUUGUUUUAUGUGUUUUUAAAUCACGUCACUGUUUGUACAUAAACUGUAUUGUUAUGCGUUUCUUAAUAAAUAUUUUCUGUCUCA